AACAGGUCGCUAAUGCAGAGAGAGGCGCAACAUGGAGAGGGAGGAAACCAACGGGAGGAGGGCGGGAAGGGGGAGAGACACUGCAACAUUGUUACACAGGAUCGAAGAGAGGAGGAUGCUCAGGGAGACGGUGACAACGAUCAGCCACAGAACAAGAUCCGGUUUGGCGUGGCAGGAGAAGGAGAGGACGAUAUGCUGGACGAAGAAUGCUAUCUUGACUUCACGUUCCACCCGCAAGGCGUGUUGACAGGACUACACGAGAGGCUGACGGAUGUGGAUUUGACGGGAAACCGGCUGAAGGAGGUUCCGGACUUGUCGAUCCUUUCUAGACUGAAGAAAUUGGUCCUACGAGACAAUGAGCUGUCGAGCCCUGGAUGUGCGUCAAUCUUGACGAGUCUUCAGCACCUCGAUUUAUACCAAAACAAUCUCAAAGCCUCGACGUUUUUUGAAUGUCUGACCAAUCUCAAAGUGCUGGACUUGUCAUUCAAUGAGAUUCGAAAGAUUGAAAAGCUUGAGUCGCUUCAAAAGCUGGAGGAGAUUUACUUUGUGAACAACAAGAUAGCGUCAAUAGAAAAUUUGUCGACUUUAACAAACCUUACCAACUUGGAGCUGGGAUCUAAUCGCAUUCGGGAAAUUCAAGGGCUGGAGACUCUCGUGUCUCUGAAAACCUUGUGGCUGGGAAAAAACAAGAUUGCACAGCUGAGUGGAUUAGACUCUCUGACAAGCUUGAAUCUACUUGCUGUGUCCAGCAACAGGUUGACAGUCCUCGAAGGGCUUUCUACCCUCAAGGGGCUAAAAGAGCUUUACGUGAGCCACAAUGGC